UCAAUCCGGUACAUGCAAUGUACAUGCUUGCUUAUUCGUGAUCGUAAAUCCAUGUGACUUUUCGUUUUCGUCCAGACUCCAGACCUGUCGGAAGUGUUUUUCGCGGAGUAAGCUAGGUUUCUCGCUCUUCUUAAUUUGUCAUUGAAUCAACGUAGUGCCUGGCCUGACCAUCAUCUAUCUGUUGAUUGCAAAAGAUUAUUGAAGCUGGCUAUCAACAAUGGAACUUGAGUGGCAGAUGCAGCAUGGUCUUCUGGUGAAUGAUACCACACACUCCAUCCAUUCAGCGUUUGAUUCUAACUCUAACGACAACAUGACUUAUCACCCUCAGUCAAAUGGCAAUAUGCAGAUGAUCCAAUACAAUUCUCAUUCUUCUGAUGGCAUGACAUUCAACUCACGCAAAUCUUACAUAAAUCGUAUCAAGACAGAGGUGGAUUUUCAGUGUUGGGUUGACCCUAAAGAAUGUACGACAGUGAACCAGAAAUAUUCCAAGAUGUUAAACAAAAUGUUUGUAGUACCAGACAAGGUACUGACAGUCAACUUCUCGUUCAUAGAUAAUCAUCCUGGGAGCCCUUAUUAUAUAAGGGCUCAACCAACAUUCUCCGAAAGCGAACACAUCAAAGAGCCUGUGCGGCGGUGUGCAGGUCAUCAGUUUGAUGACAAAGAUCCCAAAGCACCUCAUGUCCUCCGUUGUGAAAGUGGGAACCCACUGUAUCAAGAAAUAGACGACAGGUGCAGCGUCUUGUUGCCUUUGCAACACUACAAAGCAAUGAAAGUGUCCAUUAAAUACAAGUUUGUUUGCAAAACCUCUUGUAAAGAAGGAGGUAUAAAUAGACGACCAAUUCAUAUCCUAUUUACGCUGGAAGACGAGAGGAUGACACCCCUAGGAACGUGCAGUUUGGAAGUGCGUAUCAGCUCAGCUCCAGGCCGUGACAUGGAAAAAGAAGAAGCGGCAAAGGAGAGCGGAAAAAUUUUAAUUCGGAAGGCUCAGAAUCCUCGUAAACGGAAAAUGUCCAUGCCGAAGGACAGUAAUGUUGAAAUAAUAAAAGAAACGUAUCAUCAUUUGCACAAUAAUUUACCGCUCAAAGCAGAAUUUUUGGGAUGGCUCUACCGAUCAUUAAGUGUUCAAACUGACGAUCCAGAGGAAGAGAGGUUAAUAAACGAGGGAUUGAAAUCUCUCAGUCGACUGACAAUGAACUUCAGACAGACGUAAUUGUAGAUAUUUUUUCAAUUUUUUAUUUUUAUUUUUAUUAUUAUUGAAAUAUUGUUACUAUUACCAUGUUCUUUCGUCUCAUUACUUAUCGUAGUUAUAGUCAACUACACAUUUGUUAACACUUUUACCGCCUGAUAAAAUUCGUCCUUUUAUAUUUAAGAUAGCCUUCUAUGGCACCCUCACUCAGGAACUGAUUCAGUAAGACUUAGUAAAAUUAAGAGAAAAGCCUUUUCUUUUAUUUUUUUAAACUUUUGAUAUUAUUGAAACCAGUGAUUUGAAUCCUAGAAUGUUAGCAGUAGACAAGAAAACAAUUAUUCCUCACUCCAAAUUUUCCUAACGAACUCAAUUCAAUGAUACCAGUGUGCUUUUUGUAGACACCUCUUUUAAAAGAGGC